AGAGCGCGCGAAGCUUUUUUCACUGGAUUGUUCUUUGCGUAGCGAGAAUGUUGUGUUGAUUUACUUACUUGAUUUACUUUACUUAUUAUUCUGGUUUGAGAAUUUAUUAUUAUGGCUGCCGAUUGUCAAAGAAUUAGGCAUUGCUGGACAUACAAAGAGGAGUGUGAUUUGAUAGACAUAUGGAGAGAGCCAGAGAUUUCUGAAAAACUUGAAGACAAGCUAGGGCCUAGGCCCUAUCCUAUGCCGGCAAAAGGCCAUAAUACACGAAAAGAUGGCCGUGAGGAUGAGAGACCUCGGGUACACCCAAAUCACGGCAGCAAUUAUAGUUUCCAAACUAAAAAAUCUAAGGACCGAGCACAAAACAGUACGAGACAUCUUCAUUCGCGGGACGGGCAAAGUCUCUGAAAAUGUAAAACGGGACGAUCCGAAGGCUUCGUGCCCACACUACCAUAAUGAAAUUCUAGGUGGUAAACCAUCUGUAAACCCGCCGCCUGGGCUGCUGGGCCAAAGUUCCCAACCACCGCGACCAACAAAAACAACCAAGAGUCAGUUGAAAGGUGUACCAAUUUGUGUUGUAUGUGGCAAGGAGUGUGGCAGCUACAAGUGUAGGGUUUGUCUAAAACCAACACACAUCAUCUCGCCAUGUGUUGGACAAGCGAGCAGCGAGAAUGAAGAGGGAUUUGGGUCAGCUGUGACUUGCGAACUAUGCUUGGAUAUAACCAACGUGCCUGACGUGUCAGAUGAUGAUGAAGAUGACUUGCCAGACCUAUUUUCAGUGCCACCUAAAUAAAGAGGGAAAAUUUUGGGAUGGGAAGAUGAAUAUGACGACACUCCUUCUCCGAGACCUUCAAGCAGAUUGUCAAGCUCCAGUUCUUCCUCACCUGUGGAUGACACUCAUGCCCUCAUGCCAAUCUCAAAGCCAUCGGUACAGCCAUUAAGACGCCGUCAACCUAACACUAUUUCCUCUACACCAUCAAUCUCAUCAACUGGAGAAGCGUCACCAAGCCUAACAACAUCACAAGAAACUCCUUCCAAUUAAGGGUUGUAGGCCUGGAAGUGUUGAUGAAACUCCAGAAGGAAAAACAAAAAAAGAUAGGACAGUGGAAGCUGUUACAAAGAGCCUGAAAGAAAUGCAGGAGUACAAUUUUAGGAGAUGGAAAA